GUGGUCAGGUGACCGCCGGCCUUAGCAACGGCCGAGGCUUGCCGAGCAACGAGGCCUACAGGGAAAGACUGUAGUAGUUUGGGCAAAAGAAGGCGAGAUUGGCUCCAGACAGGCUGCUAAGAGAAACUGUUCUCUUUCCUAAAUCUUGAGGGAAUCUUUUCCUUUGAAACAUGACCAGCCGGUUAUAUGACAGCAUCGAACCCAAUGUCAUCGAUGAAGAAAUGCUGCAGAAAGCGGUGGAGGAGCAAGGGCCGCAGGAGGAAGCCGGCCAGUUGGCCAAGAAGGAAGGCAUCAACUUCAAAGACGUCAAGGAACUGCAGCUGGAUUUCAGAGGUAUCUUGAAGAUCGACAAUCUUUCCCAGUUCAUAAACCUGACAAAAUUGCAGCUAGACAACAAUAUGAUCGAGAAGAUAGAAGGAUUGGAUAGUCUGAUCCACCUAGUCUGGCUAGAUCUCUCCUUUAACAACAUUGAAAUGAUCGAAGGCUUGGAUGCACUGGUGAAACUGCAGGAUCUUAGUUUGUACAGCAACAGGAUUUCCACAAUCGAGAACCUGGACACGCUCCAAGAACUUCAAGUCUUCUCCAUAGGAAACAACAAUAUAGAUGUUUUGGAAAAUAUUAUUUAUCUCCGGAAGUUCAAAAACCUGCGCACAUUGAACCUCGCUAAGAAUCCAGUCUGUGACAAUGAACUCUAUGCCAUGUUUAUUGCUGCUUACCUCCCAGAUCUUGUCUACCUGGAUUUUCGGCUGGUGGACGAGAACACGCGCGACAUGGCCUCCGUCAAAUACCAGUAUGCCAUCGAGGAGAUGAAGCAUGGGGAAUACGUGGCUUUGAACAAGCAGCAGAUCGAGGAAGCCGCCGAGAAAGAGUUGUCCUACCACAAGUCUGCCUAUGUGGAGCGUCUGAAUGGACCCUUCCUGUUCGACAGCAUGUACGCAGAAGAUCCUGAAGCAAGCAAGCUGGUGUACCUCCCGGGAGUACCAGAACUCCUGGAAACCUACAAGACCAAGUUUGUGGAGGUUUGCGAGGCUCUCUUCGACUACGGCCUGAAGCAGCACGAGAAGCGAGAAGCCGAAGUCGCGCUCUUCUACGAGUGCCUCAAUGAAGCCUUGUUGGAAAACCAAAUGGAGGGGACCAAAAUCAUCCGCGACUUUGAAGAGAAGAAUCGUGGGACUCUCGACUUGAUUCAGAACGCCAGCGACCCGGAGAUCACGGAGCUCAAACUGGCAGACUACAACGAAGAGAUCUCCAAGCUCUACGAUACAUUGAUGAGCCUGGAGAUGCAAAUGGUUGACCAGCUAGAAGAAGUUAUAAAAGAUUUCGAAAGAAGCAUCUUGGACCUGGUGGCUAUCUUUAUAGAAAAUGAACAAGGGCUGAUGGCUCAGUGCCGGGAUCUGGAGAACCACCACCAUGAGAAGCUGCUAGAAAUAGCCAUCAACACUCUGGAGAAAGUGGUGAAAAGCGAGUUCGACGAGGAGAUGCCCGACGAGGUCCGGAUGCUUUUUGUGGAUAAAGACACCAUUGUCAAUGCCGUCAACGCCUCUCACGAUAUCCACCUUCUCAAGAUUGACAACCGGGAGGACGAGAUCGUGACCAAAGCCAAUGGCUGGGCUUCUGUCCUGAUAGAAAGGGUUCACAAUGACGAAAUCAACAGGAACCGAAGCCGCGUCAUGGAGAUCAACCAAUACAUCGACCAUCUUCGGGGCGAGCUGGACAACUGGGACAUUCUGGAGCAAUAGUUGACUUAUGGUGCAGAACCCUCUCGAUCCGAUGUCUAGAUCCUGGCCUUAGCUCAAGCAGAUUCCUGGCCCAGGAAUAUACUUGAAUGUCUCCUUCUCACUGAAAACAUCUAUGUAAAUCUACCCCAGAAGGCAGUCCUUCCCUCUUCCUCCUGAUGAGUAAAAUAAAAAGGAUUUUUCAGACAUUUUUUUUAAAGGAGACUAACAUAAGAUCAAAUCAGUGCUGUGUGCUUACAAACCAUUGGACCUUCAGGACCUUGGUCCUCUCUUUCUUCAAGUUUUAUCCCAUGCAAGGACAAUACAGAUAAACAUUUUAAAACAAAAUUGUUUGGUCUUGCUGUGUCCCAGAUAAGAGGAAAUGAAACUAAAGCUGGGAAAGGCAUUGCACUUGAGUUCCAUUGAACUUUCUGAAAGCAAACCUCAGCUCAUAGAUAUUUCAUGGGUGGAUAAAACCUAUUAUCUAAAUCUUGAAGUUUACAAUUUUUUUCUCAACAGGCUCUUGUAGCAUUUUGGACUGCUUUGCAUUCACUGCUAUAGUCUGAUCAGUAUAACCCGCCAUCUAUGCAUUACAGGAGAAGACGGAGAAAUCGAAUACCAAAAGCCCCAGAAUUUUACCAACAAUUGUUAAAUGGAGUUGUGACUGACUUAUCACGCCUUCGCCCACUGGUCCAUCUAGCCUUGCCUAAAGUAUUAAAAGAUAUGUUGUCGAAGGCUUUCAUGGCCUGAAUCACUGGGUUGUUGUGUGUUUUCCAGUCUGUGUGGCCAUGUUCCAGAAGCAUUCUUUCCUGAUGUUUCGCCUGCAUCUAUGGCAGGCAUCUUCAGACGUUGUGAGGUUAAAAGGUAUGGUUUCAGUUGCUAGGGAUUGAAGGGAGCUCAGAAACACGACCUUUUGGAGCCUGUAAUGUCUUAGAAAGACAAUAAGACUCUAAAUAAAUAUUUAUUUAUUUAUCAUGUCAGAA